AUGUCGGACGACGACAAAGAUAUUUUGGACUCCCUGGAGCGCGAGGCCUCGGAGUAUGCCAAGGAUGCUGAGAUCGACCGCAUUCGCAAAGCGUUUAGCCUCGACUCCUACGCUGUCCUGGACCUCCAACCCGGUGUGACAGAGAAAGACAUCAAAGUCCAGUACCGCAAGAAGUCCCUCCUGAUCCAUCCCGAUAAAACCAAGAAUACCGCGGCGCCCGAUGCCUUCGACAGACUCAAGAAAGCACAGACAGCCCUCCUCGACGAGAAGCAACGCACCUACCUAGAUGAAUGUAUCGCCGACGCGCGUCGGCUGUUGAUCCGUGAGCACAAGUACACACUCGACUCGCCUGAGCUGAAGACCGAGGAAUUCAAGGUCGAGUGGCGGAAGAAGACGGUGCAAGUUCUCCUGGAAGAAGAAGCGCGUCGCCGACGGCAGCUCAAGGCUCGUCUACAGGAAGAAGGCCGUGAGCAGCGCAAGGAAGAGGAGGAGCUCGAGGCGCGCAAGCGCAAGCGCGAGAAUGACAAGAAGUGGGAAGAUACCCGGGAAGAGCGGAUUGGUAGCUGGCGGGAGUUCCAGAAGGGGCGUAAGCCUGGUGGCGAAGAGAAGAAGAAAAAGAAGAAGAUGAAGGUGUUAGGCUGA